AUGGAAUCCGCUCGCACCAUUUCGGAGCUGAAAUCGGCUUUCAUCAGAGGGCAGGUGCGGAUUUUAUCGGAAGGCCUUGAACCCCCCGAGGGCUGGAGAAAUUAUGCCUCAGAAUCGAACGAAGGGGACCUGAGCGAUAAGGCAGUGGACGAUGCGUUGCAGAAACUGAAUGCUGCUGUGAAACAACAUAAUCGCGUCGUUUACUCUUCGCAAGCGGUACAUCAUGUUGCGCAACAGAUUUCCAGUCUCUACUGGGCGUCAGCCACACAAGAGAACCAGAGCCUGAGUUCUAACAUGGGUGUCGAGAAGACCAUGGAUUUGACCAACCACUUAAAUAUCCGAAAAUUACCCUUGGAGCUGGAAGACCCGGCGGCCACCGAAGAAGAGAGGUCAAGACUCAGAUACCAGCAAGCCCGCGAGCGCCUGAUGGAAUUAGACGAGCGGCGACAGGAGCGACAGCGACGCCUGUCUCAGCUACAGCAAUUGAAGCAUCUAGUCGAACCGUUCCGGAGCCCACAAGAAAACAUUCAACCAAAUCUUGUCACGAGGGAUGGUGAGCUGGCCCGGGAGCUCGACAAGAUGAGAAUGCUUGUCGCCCGGGCCGCAGGUCGGAUCGGCCAGCAGCCGCCAAAGAAGCAUGGACAGCCUGAUAGCGUUUCACGUAUCCUCAGCUCGGAACAGAAGAUCACAGCUGUGCUUGAUCUGAUGGACAUCAUCAGCGAACUCACUGUAGUACAAGAUGAAGAUAUUAUUUGGAAUCCGAUCCAGCCUAAUACGGGAGAUAUUGUACAAGUCUCUUUCACCCUCACAAUGGAUGAGGAUCAGUCCCGUACAGACCAUAUUGAGUUUAGCGGCCGGAGCAGCCCAGCUUCCGAAAGUCCGAGCCUUGACCCUUUCGGUCAUGGUGUCGCAACACUUCCGGGCAACAUCAGCAGCACCGGCCAGCUCCACGAUCAGGGCGAGAACUCGGUGCAGCAAACCGCCAUCAUUGAGGGCCUUCAGGAGGUUCCUUCGUCUCCCAAACCUUCCUUUGUCCGUGGUCACCGGCGUCGUUCGACCCACGUCUCCCCACGUGACCUCGAGAGUUUCCGAAAGGAGGUGCUGGGGCUGCAAGAACCGUGCCGAGACUACGACUUCGACUCACCGGACACGCUCAGACUAAAUCCCUCCCACGACCCGCAGCUGCAGGAUCUGAACUCGGCCUUUGAACGUGCAGCGAUGUCGCUCAACAACGGCGGCGGGAUGCCAAGCAACGGUCCCGGCGCGGGAAUGUUUUCUGGCUUCAUGGACAACGCCAACAACCCGAAUAUGGUCAACAUGCCCCGGCCGAAUAUGUCUCCUAUCAUGCCUCAUUCUCCUAGUCAGGCCAAUGGUGGUGGAAUGGCAGGUGUCAAUGUUUCCGGGAUGCCGAUGAAUGCAGGCCACCAGAUGGACCUCAAUCACCUCUAUGAAAUGGUUUUGGAUCUCAGCGAAGUACUGAAGAAUAACCGAGAGGUUACCAAAAGCAUUGUCUCUAGUGCAGAGGAUAUCAUGAAACGUGCAAACUCAGAAGGCGCGAGUCCCACUCUUCAACAAGUCAACGGCGAGAUUAAUGGUGCCCGGAUUAGCGAACUGGAACGUGCCGUGGCGAAGGAGAAGCGACUCGUGGAAACCCUCAAACGCGAACAGGCCGAGAACACAAAGCUGAUUGGUGAAUACGAGGCUGCCGUUGGUGUCAUGGUCGAGCAGAUCCGCAACUACUGCCACAACAACAACAUGCAUUUUCUUUCCCAGAAACGCCACUAUAACAAUCUGUUGCAGGCCGAGCGAGACGCUCACCUGUCCAGUCGCCUUGAUCGGGAUUACUGGCACGAACAGACCAUGAAAUGUGCCGAGAUGAUUCGCACAGCGUACCGUCUCCGUUGCGAAGAAGAAGAGCCGUACAUCCGGGUCAUCUCUGGCCUCCAGAACGAAGUUCGUGCCUACCGCAACGCGCUUGGCAUGGAACCCGAGAAGCCUGAAGAAGAGUACGGCUGGGAGAUUCUUAAGGACACUCCGCCUAGCGUGGAGUGA